AGAAACAAACUAAAAUCUUUUUCAUAAGUCUUCUUAUUAUUGCAUGUAAAGAAAGUCAAAAUGUUUUCUACUGCUUUCUUUGCGCUUUCUGCAAUAAUUUUUCUCUUUGAACCACGUGUCUCCAUGGCAACUGAACCCGUUUGUUCUAAGUUUUCGUACGAAGAAAAACUCCUUGAGAAAAUGAUACGCACAGAGAUUAAAGUAGAAACAAUGCAGAACGAAAUAAAGAAUACGGAAGAAACUGUCUUAAAUACUCUUUUAGACAUUGAGAAAACAGCUGCUGAGAAUCAAAAUAAGAUCGACGACUUUAGAAAUAAUCUAACGGGAGAGAUUGGGACUCAAUUUGAGGAAUUGCAGGAGAAAGAAGAACUGUUUGAAGUCAAAUUUGAAGAGCUGAAAAACAACUUCAAGAAAGAAAUGAAGAACGAAGUAAACAUCCUGGCUGAAACUAAAAAAACGAUACUACAGCCGACUGUCACAUUCCUUGCUCACGAUGUCAAAGAUUUGAUACUUGACCGUACGCACGAGAUCCUUGUAUUUCAAAAGGUAAUAGCAAACGAGGGAUCAGGAUAUAACAAUGCCACAGGAGUCUUCACAGCGUCUAUUGAAGGCGUGUACCUGUUUACUGUCCAUGUCUGUGCUUCAUAUAAAAAAUACUCGACUAUCGGACUGGCCUUAGAUGGUACAUUUGUUUCGAAAUCGAUAAAUUACAAUAGUCAAGGAUAUAGUUGUGGAUCGGUAUCGGCCAUUGUUCCAAUGGAAAACGGAAGACAGGUCUGGGUAGCAAGUACAUACGGAAGUACCGGUCACGUGUUAGCUGGAGAGGAUACUUAUGUUAUGAACACAUUCAGUGGAGUUCUUAUAAGUAAAUAGAUAUCGAAAGAAAUUUACAACAGUUGAUAAGAUAUUUAAGCAUAUUAAGACUUCCUAUAUGUGAUAAAAUAUGCAAGCCUAUAGAGACCGUA